GCCACCAAAAUCCAAGGGAGAGCGAAGAAUAGGAAAGGAAGAGGAAGGGGGGAAAUUCAUAAAAGAAAGGUGGUGCAGAGGAUAGGGGGAGGAGGGAGCUUUUACGUCUUCCAGAGGCCUUGGUCGCGUCUCGAAGGUUCUUGCCUUGUUCGGAAGGGAUGGCGUCGGAGGUGGACGACGAGGCGGGGGCGGGGUCGCCGCUGGUCGCCAACGGGGCGGCCGACGUCCGACGGAGGAGGGACCAGGCCAAGGCGAUGCUAUCCAAGCAGGCCGUCAAGAUCGCCACCAAGGCCGAGGAGCACGAGCGCUUCAUCUUUAAGGUCACACACUUGCUGGGUGUUCUUGGAUUUGGGGGAUUUUGCUACCUCUUGGGUGCCAGACCACAGGAUGUUCCAUAUGUGUACUGUCUGUUUUAUGUCAUAUUUGUUCCCCUUCGCUGGAUCUACUAUCGCUACAAGAAAUGGCAUUACUAUCUCCUGGACUUCUGCUAUUAUGCCAACACUUUUCUCCUUGUAAUGAUUCUCUUCUAUCCAAAGGAUGAAAAGCUGUUCAUGGUUUGCUUCUCAUUUGCAGAGGGUCCGCUUGCUUGGGCACUAAUUGUGUGGCGCUGCAGCUUGGUAUUUAGCUCAUUUGACAAACUUGUUAGUGUACUGAUACAUCUUUUACCUGGGAUUGUUCUGUUCACUAUCCGGUGGUGGAACCCACAAACAUUUGCUGCCAUGCAUCCAGAAGGAAGAGCAGCCAGAGUUACAUGGCCAUAUGUGGAGAACAAAUCAUAUUUGUGGACAUGGCUGUUUUUUGUUCCUCUAGCUGCUUACACUUUGUGGCAACUUAUGUAUUUUCUCAUAGUUAAUGUGCUGCGUCGACAGAGGUUGUUGAGGGACCCUGAAGUCAUGACAUCAUACAGGGAGCUCUCAAAGAAAGCACAGAAAGCAAACAACAUCUGGUGGAGACUGAGCGGUCUGCUGGGUGAUAAGAACCGUCAGGUCAUGUACAUACUGCUCCAGGCGCUGUUCACAGUGGCGACGAUGGCCUUGACUGUCCCCAUAUUCCUGUCGUACUGGAUGCACGUGGUGUUCCAGAUACUGAAGGUGUGCGCGGCGACAUGGAACGGUGGAAGCUUCAUCCUGGAGGUAAUGCCUCGGCAGGUAGUACAGAAGCAGCAGAAGAAGAAACUCAACAUGAAGCCUAUCGAACAGGCGAACUCUGCGCAACAUGUGGAGCAGGAUGAUAUGCCGGGUAACCAGCACGAGCACACAACCGAGGAGCAAAAGCAGUAGUGGGGAAACCAAAGCAGGGUGUAAGAUUAGAUUUUGCAGGUUACUGAUACAUUCUCGAUACUACUUUGUGUGAAUGUUCCGUUGGGAGUUUUUUCUUUCCCUUUCGACAUUUGUCUGGGGUGGCCUCUAGGUUUGGUUGGACUCCUAUCACCAUGGGGGAUAUGGUGUGCGCGUGUUUGACAAGGCAAGGGUGGUUGUUCUGAUUUCUUUCUCUCUCUUUUUUCCUUUUUUCUUUACCGGUGCUGGUGCAUUAUGUGUGUAGGAAACUAGAGGAAUCUUUUAUCUGUGGCAGUUGCGAGUUUGCUCGAGUUGUUGCAACUCUCAUGUUUUGAAAGAUGAUCAUGUUAAUGAUGUGAUGCAAGAUGAUGUUA